CUCUCAGUUUUGAGAAACAACCAUUGUGAAUACACAUCAUAUUAACUCUGUGACUAAUUAUUCUAUAAAUUUAUAUUUAUAUUAAAACAAGGAAUUUUUAUUUAAAUUACAACAUGCAAGUUCUAGUAUGUUCUUUCUUUAUUUCGGCUCUUGUUUUGGUGACUUUUGCGCAAGUCCCACCAUACAUUAAAAUUUGUGGACGGAAAAAUCCUCAAUUAAAUCAAUGCAUAAAAAACAGCGUCGAAUCUCUCCGGACAAAACUUCGCUCAGGCAUACCCGAGCUUAAUGUUCCGGCUAUGGAAUACUUGGAAAUUGAAGAAGGAUUACCAUUAGCUAAUUCUAAUGAAAUCAAAGCAUCAGCGAAGCAAAUUAAACUUUUUGGAUUACCCGGCUUCAUUAUCAAUGACAUUAAGAUGGAUCUGGAUACUAAAUCUAUCGACAUUGACGUAUCAUUCAAACAAGUUCAACUGGAAGGCGAUUAUGAUGUCACUGCGAAAAUAAUUGUUCCAGUAUCUGGAAAAGGACCUAUCAAAAUAGAUGCAAACGACGUAACCGCGAAGGUAUCUUUACACUAUCGCUUGGUGAACACCAAAAAAGGUCAGCGUAUGCACUUCCCAUCAAUGACCUGUAAACUGAAAAUUGCUAAUUACCACUCGAAAUUCAUCCCCCGUGACAGUCAAGAUGCAACUUUGUCAGAAGCUAUCAAUUCAGUUAUCAAUAACAGCCAACAAGAAAUUUUAGACGGAAUAAUUCCAAGUCUUGAAAGAUCCAUCUCCAGAAAACUUCUCGAACUUGCCAACAAAGUUACCAAGAACUUUACUUACGAUGAGCUAUUCCCCGAUCGGGAAUAAUUGGUAUUAUUGUUGGGAUAAUUAUUUAAUUUAAAGUUAUAAUAUGGUUGAUGUUAUACUGUCGAUAAAAAACGAACGUGUUACUCAAUACUCUUUUAAAUUAUAUAAUAUUAAUUAUUAUUAUUAUCAUUAAUGUUAUUAUAUUUAAUAAUAUAUAAUAGAUAUUAAUUUAAUGAAGUAAAGUAUUGUAAACUUUAAAUGUAUUUGG